AUGGGGAAGGGGAAGCCUGGACAGUGGGUACCCCUGAGAUCCCUGGGACAACAAAGUGGAGAACCUGGAGAGGGGGAAUAUCAGGGAAUGUGGCACCCUGAAAGCGAGACAGAGGAGAAGGGACCCUUGGGACCCCCAACACUGCCAGCAUCCCAGACAGGGGAGACACUCUGUAUCCCAGAGGGGAGACGCCAGAGAGGGGUAACUUCUGGGAGAGAUGUUUUGGGCUAAUCUUCAUAUUUUGGAAUAUUUUUUAGCUGAGUCUCAACUUUUUGCAGUUUGGGCGGGUAAAAGUCAUCUUGCUAUUUCUGAGGGGUUUUGCCUGAAUCUCGAUGGUUUGGGUUUUUCUGGGCUGAAUCUUGGUGUUUGAGGUUUUUAUGGACACAGGAUGCCCGGUGAGUUCUAGAGAUGGACUUGGGCAGGAGGAACCCCCAAGCCAACGCGCUCAGCCCUUGUUUUCCCCCCAUCAGGAUUUGUCCUUCCCAAAGCUUGGGCGGAUGGAGGAGGAGGCUGCGAGGAAGAGGAAGAUGCCUUGGGCCCCCCAGGCAGGUGAGGAGGAAGUCAGUGUCCCUUUGGGCGGGUGUUGUGCUGGCUCUGUCAGCCGAGCAUGGCCCCGGCUGCAGGACAACCCCGCUGGCGCCGCCGUCCUGCCGGGGCCGGAGUUGGGGGGAUGUCCUUGGCCUUCCCUGUGGGCCGGAGGCAAAUCCCCUGCCUGUCCUUCUUGCUUCCUGCCCCAGGCCCCGAGCUGAGGACGGAGAGCCCGGAGGACAAAUCCCCCCGUGAGACCCUGGUGGGAGAGGCCGUUUUGAAGGGCUCCCCGGCGCAGGAAGGCAGCGGGGAGGAAAAGGGCCGGAGAUCCCCCCGCAGGAGGGGCUCCAAAGCCAUCCCAGGGUGCUCUGAGGAGGAAAGAGCCAGCCUGUGCCAGGAAGGCAGCCGGAGCUUGAGGCGGAGCUCUGAGCUGGUGGUCCCUGAGCAGCCUCUCAGCAGAAAGAAACCCUUCCAGUGCUUGGAAUGUGGGAAGAGCUUCAGGACAAGCACUGAACUAAUCCAACACCAGCACAUCCACACUGGAGAACAUCCCUACAUGUGUGGGGAAUGUGGAAAGAGCUUCAGGCACAGCUCCAGCCUGAUCCGACACCAGCAUAUCCACACUGGGGAACGGCGCUACACAUGUGGAGAAUGUGGGAAGAGCUUCAGGGACAGCUCCGACCUGAUCCGACACCACCAUAUCCACACUGGGGAAUGGCCAUACACAUGUGGGGAAUGUGGGAAGGGCUUCAGGAAGAGCUCCUGCCUCCUCUCCCACCAGCUCAUUCACACUGGGGAGUGUCCCUACACAUGUGGGGAGUGUGGGAAGAGCUUCAACCAUCGCUCCACCCUAUUCACCCACCGGCUCAUCCACACUGGGGAACGGCCCUACACGUGUGGGGAAUGUGGGAAGAGCUUCUACCAGAGCUCCACCCUCCACAUCCACCAGCGCAUCCACACUGGAGAACGGCCCUACAAGUGCUUGGAAUGUGGGAAGAGGUUUCAGACCAGCUCAAGUCUCCUCAGACAUGAGCGGACGCACAGGGAUGAGAGGCCCUUCCGCUGCACCAACUGCGGGAAGGGCUUCAAGCACAACUCCACCCUCGUCAGGCACCGGCGCAUCCACACCGGCGAGAGGCCCUACAAGUGUGGGGAGUGUGGGAAGAGCUUCACCCAGAGCUGUCACUUGACCAAACACCAACGGACCCACCAGUAAGGGAAGCCCUACCAGUGCCCCGACUGCAGGAAGAGCUUCGGCUGUAGGACUGACACACAAAAAAGGUUUCAAAAGGUCUUCAGGAUUUUGAGUAUCUGCACUCCAACAUCAAUUUAUUCUUUGGAAUAUGUGUAAGUUUAACUUCAUUUUAGUCUGAAAGCCAAAUUCACCACUACCCCAUUCCCUGAUAACCGUGGGCUGAUUCUGACAAGUGAGGCAGAAAUUACCCACUGCCCAGCAAAAACCAGUGGGGCCAGCCAGUGGUCUCUGCCCUGGCAGCCCUGUUUCCCCAGUCUCAUCUCAAAAUGACCAGUUACACUGAAGCAAAGAGCACUGGAACCAGUGCAACAAGCCCCAGUCUGACUUUCACACCUGCCCACGUGUCCUGU